GUCUCUGAUCGACCUGCGCCAUUGAUAUUCUUUCUCAAACGGCCUCUCUUUACAUCUCUGGGUCUCUUGCCUCUGGGCGUGAGGUUCCCGUUUUUUCUGCCGAUUUUCUUCUCUUUCCGCUGUUCCAUUCUACUCAAAAUGGCACUGGAAGAAAUAAUGGAUUUCGAGGAAGAAGAGGCUGGAUGGAAGCACUUGCCACGAGAAAUACGCAGAAAUAUUCUCACUCGACUACCAUUCCCAGAUAAACAAAACAUGAUGUUGGUCAGCUGGGAAAACUCUCAGAUAUGCUCAACUCUUCCAAAUAAGCUUCACGAACUCGGAAUUACGGAGCUUCCCUCUACAGCUAAAACUAUUCUGAUAAUGAAAUGGAAAAAUGAGAUUGGAAGAGUUGUGAGCAGAAUGGUGGAGUUUCGAGGAACCUCACUACGUCAAACUGAAUGCCCCGAUCAUACUGCAGAAGCUAUGCGAGCGUUUUUACGUAUUUGGAGAUUCUCAAAAAUUAAGAGUAUUGUCAUCGAAAUUCCAUGUUUCGAAGGAUUAUCAAGCAUCUGGGAAGAAGGAAUGGCUGAAGUAAAAACAAAUAUCGCCGUCCGAAGUUUUAACAUCAGAACAAACGACUAUCGUUUAGUAACAAAAGCAUUGACAGCUCCAAAAAACAAAGGACAAGAUAUAUCAUUGUUGGCAAAUGACCACGGAGGAAUGGAAACUGCAGUAUUUGACAUUGACAAGUUCAAGUACGCCCGCAGUGUGAUCCUUUGGUCCCUGGUCAGCAACAUUCAAGAUCAUCAACUUUAUUCUUUAUCUGCACACAAUAUUCGUUUACACAGUGAAUUCAUUACAUCCAAUUGCAUUGCCAAAAUGAUUCAGGAAUGGAAAGAGGGCAGGAGAUCCCUGGAACGAUUGCAUAUAACUUCGCCAAUAAUUGAUUUGGAUACAAUUGUGAGACAAGUGCUUGGCGUCUGCUGGAAAAAUAUGACUGACAUUUGUUCAAUUAUUUGGAGAGAAGUAGACGAAGAAGGGUAUUCAUAUGCGGUGCGUGGACCAACAUAUGACAUUCCUGCAGCAAUUGGAAUAAUUCCGAAUCAAGAUGGUGUUCCAACAUUCAUUUUCCGCAUAAUCCGGAUGACUCAUGAAAUGUCUCGAAUUGUCUACGAAAGGUGUUCAGUGCAAUGCCCCAAUAUGGUCAGCUCAGAGGAUCUUGCAAGACAGCAGCAAAGAGUUUAAUAUUAAUUAUCUUGGUCUUAACUUUUGAAAACCGUCUUUGGUCCUUAUUAUCAGAUUCCCAAAACGUUGAGUUUAGUAUUGUGAUCCCCAUCUACUCGAAUUGCAGGUUUCCAGAAACUUUGUUUUAUCCCGUCAGAAUGAUGUAACGUUUCCAAUUUUAAAUAUGGAAUGUUUCACAAAAACUUUCCAUAAAAUGUUUGAAAUCGUCCACAAACACAUAUGAAUGUACACUAUUGUAAAUAAAUUUAAAAUAAACGUUGUCCU